AUGCAAUAUUGUGCAGGUUAGUGACACUGGGGUUGAGGGGUUUGUACCAGAAAAUAGAAGAAAAGUCAAUGUUACUGAGAAUUUGUAAUUACAUGUAACAACAAGUGCUGAAAAGAAAAUAGAAUACCUUAUUAUUUAUUUGAUAAAGUGCUCAACCUCAAGUAACUGCCCACCUCCAAUAACCCUCCACCUUAUAGGCAGAAAAAAAAUGAAUUAUCUCCUAACCUCGAAUAAGUGCCUACCCCAUACCAGCUAGAUUGAAAAAGACUAAGUUCUACUAAAUUAAGAGACCAAGUUUUCUUAGUACAGUAUUUUAAAGAAAUUUUCAAUGAACAGUUAAAAAUCUGCUUUGGAACUCAAACAAAAUUACUCUAUCUCCAGCAAAAUUACUUUUGGUGAGAACUUUGAGAAUUCAUUAAACACCCAGCCCAAAUACAUGUAUUAAAGUGACCAACUUGAAUAAUAACCCACUCACAAGGUGCAAAACUUUAGUGAGCACCCAGGCAAGGCACUUAAUCAAAUAAAUAUGGUAUUUUGUUUUGGGACCUCUUCAUUGGAGUGGUACAUGCAGUCGCGUUUUCCAGUAGGUGUAGUGCUUGAUUUAUAAACACACAAGCUGUUUUAUGAAAACUGCAUUGACAAAAUAGAUUUGCAAUUAUUGAGAAUCUAUUUUAUACCAAUACAGCAUUACAUUUCAUUUCACCCUUCAUUCAUUCGGCUUUGCUUUUUCAAAAACACUGUAUCGCAGCUCCAGGUUUUGUCCAAAUUACCUUUAGUUAAAAUGUUUUGUGCAUUUAAGAUAAUAUUAUUUUGAACUACUGUGCAAAUUAACCUUUUGAAAAAAUAAUGUAUGAAAUAGCUGUACGUAUGAUCUGAAGAUAGUUUAUCUACAGUGUAUAUGUAAACUGUUAGAGCUUUUUACCGAUACAGCAGCCAUAUUGAAUUAAUUCGAUUUAAGGAGUAUUAUAGGAUGUCCUGGGGGCAUGAGAACAUUUUAGUUUGUAUUUUGGAGUGCUUUCAGGACAUUUUUUCGUAAAGUUUUCUUAGAAUAAGAUUGUAAUGGGAAAAAAGAUUCUUGUGUCCUGUUUGGAUGUAAUAAUGAUCACCUUUUUCUAGUUUAGCAUUAGAAAUAUGGUCUUUCACCGUAUAUUUCUGGGGAAAAAGGUGAUCAUGAUUACGUCCAAACAGGGCACAAGGAUCUUUUUUCCCAUAAGAAUCUUAUUCUAAGAAAACUUUAAGAAAAAAAUGUCCCGAAAAGCGCUCCAAAAUACAAGCGAAAUGUGCUCAUGUCCCCUGGGCAUCCUAUAAUACUCCUUAAAUUGAAUUAAUUCAAUAUGGCCACCGUAUUGGUAAAAAGGUCUAUUAGUACCCUUAUUUUAUUCGGCUGUUGAUAGUAAUAAUGUUAUUGAGGACAAUCGCCUGUCUUUUUCCUUCAAUUCCCAAUUUAUUUUUGUGCAUCCUUCACAGCAGGUAUUUCAAUACCAGAAAUUUCAAACCCAUUGAAUAACUUCAAGGACACUUUGGAGGAUUCUUGCUGAUCUCAGCAAGACUGUUCUUUGAAAUGCAGUGCCAACUCAAUCCCAGAAUUAUUUAUGUUUUUUCAGUUAAACCUCCAGGUCUUCAGAAUAGUACCCAGUGCUCCAAAACAAAAGGGGCAACUUUUACACCUUCAUCUUCCACAAGUAGUAUCUUCAUGCCAGAUGAAGAUACUAAGUCUUGUUGACUAUACUUGUUGUUGAUCUCUUGUUCGAUGUCCACCCUUUUGUCACAAGGACAUGCAAUAUCAGUGAUGACUCAAUUUUUGUUCUGUUGGUCCACACACACGAUGUCAAGGCAAUUGUGAUCCAGUUUCAUUUCUGUUUAUAUACAGAAAUCCGAACGAAAUUUGAAAGUCUUAUUAUCCCUAACAUCACAUUAUUAUUAUCAUUAUUAUUGUUGUGGUUGAUGAUGUUAUUAUAAGCAUGGGUAGUAAAGAGGUUCAUACACAUGUACAAAAAUAAACUACCUUAACCACUAUUUUGGGCACUAAUUUGUGGUUAUUGCUCACUUUUUUCAAUGACUGUGCUUUGCAGAUUUUAGUAAAACAGAUGAAGGUGCGAACAGAUGGUUAAGGAGACCCUGUAACAGCUAGAUGCCAGCUCCUUGAUUAAUUCUUCCAAACCCCAGAGUUUAAGGAGAUCCACCUACAAGCCAACCACCCUUUAGUUCACAUGCAUGGCCAUUGUCGUUGAUUAGCAGUGGAGCUAGUUGUCACACCAGUACAUCCUCCUCCACUGCAGCCUCCCUCCCCACAUUCUCCUUUACUGUAAGGAGUGGCAGUGAUGAUGGACAUAGGAUGGAGAAUGGAUGGAUUACUCUCUAG